UAUUUCAAUACCCAUCUUGACCAAUCACAGGAGGUUUUGUAACGCACGUAGUUUGAAACGGAUUGGUAACAGACAAAGUUUCAUUUUCAACAUCGGGACAAAACCAAGCAUCCCAGUCUGUAUCUUUUGAAAACUUCUUUUUCGUCGGUUUACGCGUUAUGUAGCAAUGGCUACAAGCAGCAAAAGUAACGCCGAGACUAUGGCCAACGAGCUGGCCCACAGUCUGGAGGCCACCAUGGGCAGACUACAGAACAUCUGGGACGAGAUCGGCAUCAUGGAGGAACAGAGGAAGGACAGGAGGAAAGUUGUGCUGCAUCAUUUACAGGCCCUCCUAGAGGAGAUGGUUGCAGAAGAAGAAAACCUGCGGACACGGUUACUACAGAGCGUAGAAGACUGCGGCAAGGAGUUGCUGAAGAUCAGCAAAGAGCUGCAUGUACCUGUCUACGAGCCAGAAGAGGGCCUCACCAUACUGACACUAGAGAAAGAGCUGCGGACCCGUGUGGACACCUUGUCGAAGGAAAAACACGACAGGAUGAAACAGCUGAGCUCGCUGAAGGAGAAGGAGCAGCAGUUGUGCGACACGUUGUGCACCACUCCCUUCUACAUUGCACCAGACACAGUCCCCAGUAACGACCAACUGGCAAAACUGAGGCAACACAUCAGCACUCUGCAGACAGAGAAGAACACCAGACAGGAAGUCUUCCUGGAGACCAAACGAAAGAUCAUCACGUACCUGGACGACCUGGACCUGACCCCGAACUCUUCCUUCGAACGUGAUGUUGUGUGUGAAGACGAGGAGUCUUUCGUUCUCUCCAGCGACAACAUGGCGGCCCUGCAGACGCUAUGUGCAGAGCUUGAGAAGAAGCAGAACGACCUGAUAGCGAUGGCGUCUGACUUGAGGAUACAGGUGACGACUCUGUGGGACAGACUGAUGAUCGAACAAUCAGAGAGAGAGGCCUUCAACAGGGACAACCAGGGCUUCAAACCCAGAGUCUUGAAAGCGUUACGUGAAGAAAUCGAGCGGUGCAGGGAACUGAAGCUACAGAACAUCCGGCGUUACGUGGAGGGACUGCGGGCAGAGAUCACCCAGCUCUGGAACAAGUGCUACUUCAGUCAGGAGCAGCGCAACCAGUUCACAGAGUUCUUCAGUGAUGACUUUACCGAGGACCUGUUGGAGAUCCAUGACCAGCAGGUGGCCCGUCUGAAGCAGUACUACGACAACAACAGGGACAUCCUCAAGUUUGUGGAGAAAUGGGAGGACCUCUGGAAAAAGAUGCUCGAAUUUGAGAGACGAGCCAAUGACCCGUCACGCUACAACAACCGAGGCGGCGGUCUACUUCAAGAGGAGAAAGAAAGGAAGAAAGUCCACAAACUCUUGCCCAAGGUUGAGGAGGAAGUGUCUAGGGCCAUCAGAGAGUACGAACAGAAGACAGGACAACCCUUCCUGGUGGACGGCUGUCCAUUCCUAGACUAUGUCACGGCCCAGUGGAACAAGCAUAAUGAAGAGAAGGAGCAAGAAAAACACCGAAGGCAUUUGGCUAAGGCCAAGCAGCUUGAGGAAGAGCAGAAGAAUGGGUCCAAGCCUGCUACCACUCCCAAACGGCGCUUCCUCACAACACCAACCAAGACUCCCACUAAGAGAAAGAUGGAUGGGACUUUUGGUCCCUCUCCUAGUCCUGCCAAAAAGACCCCCAUGCACCACUCCAGUGUCAUGUUUGCCUCCCCCCUUCACCGCCCUCCCCGAUCUUGCAAGAAGACGCCGAAGACUCCUGGUGGCCGUCUUCCCAAGAGCCGCCCGCCACUACCGGGCAGUGGACUGCGGAAAGCGCUGGCGGAGAGAAACACGCCCGACAGGACCCAUGGCUUCAGCAUGUCCACGUUGAGUGGAUCCUCUGGUACUAACGCAAGUUUGAUGUCCUGUGGCACGUACUCAGAGUUCUCACGUGAGGUCCCCUGCCGUAGCAGCGCGAUUUCCGUGAUUCCAGACGAAGAAGCCGUGCACCUCUAGAAGUCUACAGGGGAAGGCAUUUUGUAACUCGGAGAUCCCCAUUAUGAAUAUUCAUGUUUUAACGCAUCUCUAAUCUCGGAUUGCCUCCCUUUAACAUCUGUAUACCUUUUACGGAGGAGGCAGUAGUAGACUUAUGCCAGUAUCCUUUGAUAGCAGGUGUUUUUAAGGGUGAUAUAGACAAGCUCGCCUUGUCGAAUGUAAGAAAUGUUGCUGUUUUGUAUAGAGUUGUAUGUAGCGUCUACGUUGUACAUAGCAGUAUAUUAGAAUAACAUUUUUGUUCAUUGCCACGUACAUAGACAUUGUAUUCUUUUCUAUCUCUUACGUGACGUCUGUGUCCUUAAGUUUUUCUCUCUGCUAGAGGUGUACAGCAGUAUAUUCUUUCACCAAUUGAUGCACCUCUCUACAUAUAUUCAUACUUGCUAAUCAAUAAACUACAAAAGGUGAAGCCAUUGUCAUUUUUGGUUCAUGGAUAUUUUUAGAUUUUAGCCACUGGCUUUUGAUAGACCGUUACUGUGCCUUUGAUAGACCGUUACUGUGUCUCAAAUUUUUUAUAAUUACAUGUAUGAGGUAAAAUGAUAUUUGACUGUUCAAAAACUUCUCUUAACCGAUUACCAUAUUCAAGUGCACCUUUCCUAGUAUUAGUAACCAAGAAACAUUUUGUCUGUAAUUUGCCCGCUAUCACCAUCAGGCCACACCGAUUUAAUUUCUUGGUUCAUGGAUUCGCUCGCUCCUAUUUUUUGGGGAAAAAAAUAGAAAUAAAAAUUACCACUCAGCAAAUUUUCACCAUUAAUGAAACCAUUCACCAACUUUCUGGUGUAGCAAAUUGGCCUUUAUAUUAUAAGCUCCUUAAAGUGUGGGUAUAGGUGCUGUUACUGUACAAAAAUACAUGUAGUGUUUUUGUACUUUUUUCAAGCUGAAAACUUUUUUUCUUUGUUUUGGAUUAGCCGUUACCUUUACCCCAACCAUUUUACAAUUUUUAUUUCGCCCUCUCGCUCCAUAUUUUUUAUGAAAAAAUCCGUGAACCAAGAAAUUAAAUUGGUGUGGCCUCAGAGACGAUAGGUUUCACUACUACAUUUAUAGUGAUCUCAAAAAUUCCUUACUGAAAUUGUCCAGUAUCUUGUUGCACAUAAAAAGCUGACCGUUCCUGUAACAGUUACAUGUAUGUACAUGUCGUCUGUUUUGUCAUGUCUAUGGUGUAGUCGACACUAGCCAUUUAAGGCCCUUUUCACCUGUUGCGCAGACUUAUGCAAUAGUCAAAUAUAUCAUUAAAACUACUUGGAAUUAUGUAUAUCCUGUAUUGCGAGUGUACUCAAUAUAUUUUACCUUUCAAACAUUCUGUGCUUUAAGUUGCAGUCUUGAUUACAGUUUCACAAAUCCCUGCAAAAUUAGUAAUCUAAACAU